UUUGAGGUGUUCUUUGUAGGUAUCUUAACUUAACAAGAGUGGCUGGAGGCCCCAGAUCUGUUUCAGCCGCGAUAAUAUUAACUUGAAUGUAAUCAAUCAAGUUUUGGUUAUAAAAUGUCGAUGGGCACUUCAGAAACAGUGUUGGAAGUUCUGUCCAGGACAGGUUCUAACGUUGUAUUUUCUGAUCCAUGUCUUGCCAAACCAAACUUCACAUUUUCUCCCAAAUUCCAUGUAGAAUGUGCAAAGAAAAAGUCCUGUUCAGGGUAUUUGAAAUCGCUAAAUUGUUCUAGAGUGACACGAGGUUGCUUGAAGAUCGAUAUAGGCGGUGUUUCUCAUGGAAAUUCAAUGUUUGCUCAAUCACGCUUUCUAAGUUGCCACUGUCAACCUGCUGAAAGAGUUAGUGGGAUAACUGCAGAGGAUGGAAAUGGUACCUUGAUUAUGGAUAGUGAAAAUAAAUCAAACCCAAUUAAUGGUGUAGUGAGUGGGCCAAAAUCUCUAGAGCUUGGGAAGCUUCCACAAUCGAAACAGGAGAAGGAAAUUUUCAAAUCUAAUGAUGAGUUAGCUGAAGCUGAAACAAUCAAGCAUACUUCACGUAAAGUGUGUGGCAACUCCAUUGAGGAUGAGGCAUGGAAUCUUUUGAGGGAAUCCAUUGUUUAUUAUUGUGGUAGUCCCAUUGGAACAAUUGCUGCACAGGACCCAACCGAUUCUAAUAUUUUAAACUACGAUCAAGUCUUCAUUCGUGAUUUCGUACCUUCUGGAAUAGCAUUUCUUUUGAAGGGGGAGUAUGAUAUCGUUCGGAAUUUCAUCCUUCACACGCUUCAGUUGCAGAGCUGGGAAAAAACGAUGGACUGUCAUAGCCCCGGUCAAGGGCUGAUGCCUUGUAGUUUCAAGGUGCGAACUGUUCCUCUUGAGGGUGAUGACUCUGCAACGGAAGAGAUUUUGGAUCCUGAUUUUGGAGAGGCAGCAAUUGGUCGUGUGGCACCAGUUGAUUCUGGUCUAUGGUGGAUUAUACUCUUACGAGCAUAUGGGAAAUGCUCUGGAGAUCUUUCAGUACAAGAGAGGGUUGACGUGCAAACUGGAAUUAAAAUGAUUUUGAGGCUAUGUCUUGCUGAUGGUUUUGAUAUGUUCCCAACAUUGCUAGUGACAGAUGGUUCUUGCAUGAUAGACCGCCGCAUGGGAAUUCAUGGUCAUCCUCUGGAAAUUCAGGCACUAUUUUAUUCAGCGCUCCUUUGUGCACGUGAGAUGCUUGCACCAGAGGAUGGGUCAGCCGACCUUGUACGAGCGCUAAACAAUCGUCUGGUGGCUCUAUCAUUCCACAUCAGGGAGUAUUAUUGGGUCGAUAUGAGGAAACUCAAUGAAAUCUAUCGCUAUAAAACAGAAGAAUACUCGUAUGAUGCUGUCAACAAGUUCAACAUCUACCCUGAUCAGAUUCCUCCAUGGCUAUUGCAAUGGAUGCCCAAUAAAGGAGGCUAUUUAAUUGGAAAUCUGCAGCCCGCUCACAUGGAUUUCCGUUUCUUCUCUCUAGGAAAUUUGUGGUCUAUUGUCAGCAGUCUUGCAACAGUAGAUCAAUCACAUGCCAUAUUGGAUCUAAUUGAAGCCAAAUGGGGAGACUUGGUUGCGGGUACGCCCUUCAAAAUAUGUUAUCCAGCUCUUGAAGGUCAGGAAUGGCGGAUUAUCACAGGCAGUGAUCCCAAAAACACGCCUUGGUCCUACCACAAUGGAGGUUCAUGGCCAACUUUGCUCUGGCAGCUCACAGUGGCAUGCAUAAAGAUGAAUAGAUCAGAUAUAGCAUCCAAAGCUGUUGAGAUUGUGGAGAGGCGGAUAUCAACAGAUAAGUGGCCUGAAUAUUAUGACACCAAAAGUGCAAGGUUCAUUGGGAAACAGUCACGGCUUUUCCAGACAUGGUCUAUUGCUGGAUAUCUUGUGGCUAAGCAGCUCCUUGCUGACCCAUAUGCAUCAAAGAUUCUAAUAAAUGUAGAGGAUGAAGAGCUUGUCAAUGCGUUCUCCUGCAUGAUUGGUGCUAAUCCAAAAAGAAAACGUGGUAGGAUGGUGGUGAAAAAGAGCUAUAUCAUAUGAAAUUUACGUCCGAAUUCAUAACUGUGGGAAGAG